AUGGCACCAAUUGACGAGUCGAACAUUGAUCAAGAAGUUCACGAAGAAGUAAACUCUGAAACAGUUAUUGAGGAUGUUCCUUAUGAAACCAGAGGUGAAGCUGUCGAAGAUGGAGACGAGGAGCCCCUUUCUAUUCCAGCUGAUAACAAUCCAGUCCAAAGUAAAUCAAAAGAAGGUACCAACUUCUUUGUAUCAAUCUUAUCCAAGUUUGAAAAGGUUUUGAAAAAAGAGAAACCACCACCAAAAAUAACUGUUGAUGAAAUCAGUGAAGUUCCUAAUGAACCUGAAAACCAAGACAAACCUGAUGAAGCCUUGCAAAAAGAAACAGAUAUGGGGGAAUUAGAAGUCAAACCAAUUAAACCUAAGAAGAAAAUAUUCAAAAAGUUUUGGAAUUGA